AUGACAUCAGGAAAGGUAAAACAGCCACAGAAGAAGGUUUUUGUUGGCGUGGAGGCUGUUUUAGAAGAGAUCGAUCGUUUCACUGACACAGAUCCAGAAAGCGACGCGAGCUUUGACUCUGUGCGCGAAGCAGCUUUCAUUGAUGGAAUGGAUCCUGACGUGGAUAAUGUAAGUUCAUCUGAUGAUGAAUGGAUUCCUCCUAGUCACGCAGAGAGGCCACGUCACUCUUCUUUGUCCUCAAACACACCUGGGCACCCAACCCCCACUCCCACCCCCACCCCCACCCCCAGAGCCAGAGGCCGAGGCAGAGCCAGAGGCCGAGGCCGAGCUAGAGGCAGAGCUGGGACUUCACAAUAUGUGAGUGCUCAGCCAUCUUCAAAUGAAGAAAGCUGGCACACUGAAACGGACGCAGACGAGGACCCAGUUUUGUUCCAUUUUGCUCCAAAGCGACCACCAGGACCUCAGCUCAUCAGGAAUGCUAUGCAUUCACCACUUGAGCUUUUCCAGUUAUUUUUUACCACAUCUGUUAUUGAUACAAUAAUAGGAAACACAAAUGCCUAUGCUGCAAAGAGGGCUGAGUCGGAAGAUGAAGAUAACACAAGAAAAAAGGGAAGCCCUGGCUAUGACAGACUGUUCAAAAUAAAACCCCUCUAUGGCAGCAUUGUUUCUGCGUGCAAGACAUAUUUUCAACCACAUAGGCAACUAGCAGUGGAUGAACGUAUGGUUGCAUCAAGGGCAAGAAUUGGGCUGAAACAAUAUAUGAAGGACAAGCCCACAAAAUGGGGCUACAAAUUCUUUGUCCUUGCUGAUUCAUUGUCUGCAUACACCUGGAACUUUUUUGUGUAUGAGGGCAAAUCCAAAAACACAGGUAAAGGCCUCAGCUAUGAAUCGGUCAUUCAGCUUUUAGAUUUUAGUCUGCUUGGACAGGGCUAUCACAUUUUUAUGGACAAUUUUUAUUCUAGCCCAACUCUAUUCCUGGAUUUACUGUCCAAACAGACUCUAGCUUGUGGCACCAUACGGACUAAUAGAAUAGGCUUUCCGAAAACCAAAAUCAACGACCUCAGCGGGAAGGCCAAAAGAGGAGAAAUUCGUUGGAUCAGAAAUGGAAAGGUCCUGUUUGUGAAAUGGAUGGACACUAGAGAAGUGACAAUGUGUUCAACUAUACACAAAGCUUACAGCAAUGACAGGGUAAACCGACGUGUGAAGAGUGCUGACGGUGUCUGGAGACACAAGCAGUGCUCGAGUACAAUAAAUACUGAUCUUUCCGAUGCACUUAUUGGAUAUUACAAUGUUUUGCAUAAAACGAAGAAAUGGUACAAAACACUUUUUUUCCAUUUCAUUGACAUUGCUGUUGUGAACACCUUUAUUCUGCACAGUGAACAGUCCGAAGCUCAGAAUAAGACCCCUCUGACCCAGAAAAUGUUCAGAGAACAACUUGUUUCUGAGCUUGUCAAGGAUUCCACAGUGCCAACAACAUCAGCUGCCAGCUCAAGUACAUCAACCAAAACAUGCCUUCCCGAAUAUUUUGCAAGUGAUGCUACUGCUGCGAGAAGAAUCUGCGUGAUGUGCAAACUAGAGGACAAGAAAAUGAAGACUCCGAUCUUCUGCCUGAAGUGCAAAGUUGCACUGUGCAUGGUGUCAACCAGGAAUUGCUUCAAGCGCUGGCACACUGAGGGACACAGCAUGUAG